AAGGCCAGCGUGGGGUGAGGGGUGGCUGAUGCAAUGACCAGCUAAUCGCUGGGUUCUCAAGAGGGUUUCAUUGGUCUCAACCUGGCUCCCCCCAGCCAACCCACCCCCAUUGGACAGUCUCAAUAGGAAGGUUGGUCAAGAGCUCAAGUGUUUCUGAGAAUCUGGGUGAUUUAUAAGAAGCCCUUCGCUAAUGCAGGGUGGGGAGUCGUAAACAAAAGAAAGAGGAGGCUCUUUUCUCAGAAAGGAAAGUGAAAGAAAGAGGGGAAGAAUAUUAAAGACCACUUCUAGCCAGAAGAGCAGGGCAUUCUCAGCUGCUCAACUGCCCAGCGUGACCAGUGGCCACCUCUCCAGUGCCUUCCACAAUCUGGUCUUGACUCCUCUGCUGAACAAAGCCUCUGACCCCUGGCCAGCCAUUCUGAGAGAUGGCUAACAUGUCCAACAGUGAGGUCUGUGCCUCUCCACUGGAGCUGUUCAACAGCAUCACCACUCAAGGGGAGCACGUGAGGGCCCUGAAAGCCGGAAAUGCAUCAAAGGAUGAAAUUGAUUCUGCAGUAAAGAUGUUGCUGUCAUUAAAAAUGAGCUACAAAGCUGCCAUGGGGGAGGAUUACAAGGCUGACUGUCCUCCAGAGAACCCAGCACCUAGCAAUAAUCAUGACCUAGACGCCACAGAAGCUGAAGAGGAUUUUGUGGACCCAUGGACAGUACAGACGAGCAGUGCAAAAGGCAUAGACUAUGAUAAGCUCAUUGUUCGGUUCGGAAGCAGUAAAAUUGACAAAGAGCUAAUAAACCGAAUAGAGAGAGCCACCGGCCAAAGACCACACCACUUCUUGCGCAGAGGCAUCUUCUUCUCACACAGAGAUAUGAAUCAGGUUCUUGAUGCCUAUGAAAAUAAGAAGCCAUUUUAUCUGUACACGGGCAGGGGCCCCUCUUCUGAAGCAAUGCAUGUGGGUCACCUCAUUCCAUUUAUUUUCACAAAGUGGCUCCAGGAUGUGUUUAACGUGCCCUUGGUCAUCCAGAUGACGGAUGACGAGAAGUAUCUGUGGAAGGACCUGACUCUGGACCAGGCCUACGGCUAUGCUGUGGAGAAUGCCAAGGACAUCAUUGCCUGUGGCUUUGACAUCAACAAGACUUUCAUUUUCUCUGACCUGGACUACAUGGGGAUGAGCCCAGGUUUCUACAAAAAUGUGGUGAAGAUUCAGAAGCAUGUUACCUUCAACCAAGUGAAAGGCAUUUUCGGCUUCACUGACAGUGACUCCAUUGGGAAGAUCAGUUUUCCUGCCAUCCAGGCCGCUCCCUCCUUCAGCAACUCAUUCCCACAGAUCUUCGGAGACAGGACAGAUAUCCAGUGCCUUAUCCCAUGUGCCAUUGACCAGGAUCCUUACUUUAGAAUGACAAGGGACGUCGCCCCCAAGAUCGGCUAUCCUAAACCAGCCCUGCUGCACUCGACCUUCUUCCCCGCCCUGCAGGGCGCCCAGACCAAAAUGAGUGCCAGCGACCCCAACUCCUCCAUCUUCCUCACCGACACAGCCAAGCAGAUCAAAACCAAGGUCAAUAAGCAUGCAUUUUCUGGAGGGAGAGACACCAUCGAGGAGCACAGGCAGUUUGGAGGCAACUGUGAUGUGGACGUGUCUUUUAUGUACCUGACCUUCUUCCUCGAGGAUGACGACAGGCUCGAACAGAUCAGGAAGGAUUACACCAGCGGAGCCAUGCUCACCGGUGAGCUUAAGAAGACGCUCAUAGAGGUUCUCCAGCCUUUGAUCGCAGAGCACCAGGCCCGGCGCAAGGAGGUCACAGACGAGAUCGUGAAAGAGUUCAUGACUCCCCGGAAGCUGUCCUUCGACUUUCAGUAGCACUCGUUUUACAUAUGCUUAUGCAGAGAAGUGAUUUCUCAAUAAUCCCAGCCCAGUCAAAGCACCGCCACCCCUAGGCUUCUGUCUCAUGGUAAUUACUGGGCCUGGUCUCUGUAAGCCUGUAUGUUAUCAAUACUGUUUCUUCCUGUGAGUUCCAUUAUUUCUGUCUUGUAUGGGCAAAGCAUUGUGGGUAAUUGGUGCAGGCUAACAUUGCAGGGUCAGAUAGAGAAGUCCAGCUGUGAGUCUCUCCCCAGAGCAGCCCCAAGGAGGGGAGCCUUCGACUGGAAGUCCAUGGGUCACCCUGUUCCAGUCUGUAGGGGACUCCGAGUCUUCCAAGUAUACUCUUAAAACCCACUCUAUUUAAAAAUAUACAUUCUGUGUAUGC